AUGUUCCAAUCCUUUCAAUCAGAAUUCUCAUUGAAUCGUCCCAAUAGAGCCACAGUAUUGAUCAGGUUCCUGUCAAUUUAUUUAUUGAAAAUCAUCUACAAAUUAUUAUUAUUUAUUAUUUAUUUAAAAUAGAUGCAAAUAUUCAUAAAAACUUUGGCAGGCAAGAAGGUUUCAUACAACAUAGAAGCUGAUAAUACCAUUCAAUAACUUAAAAUGCAAUUAUAAGAGAAAGAGGGAAUUAGCUCAGAAUAAUUUAAGGUAUUUCUCCAUACAUUAAAUAAUUUAGCUAAUAUUUAAGGGAAGACAUUUAUAAGAAGAAUGCAAAAUUUCUGAUGCUUAAAUGUAAGCUGGAGACACUGUCCAUAUGGUCAUUUAAUUGAGAGGAGGUUUUUGA